AUGGACCUUCAAAGAGCCAAAGAGGCACGGCGGGACGCCGCUCCCGAUUCCCCCAAGAACGACUCGCUAGAUCAUCGGGAUCCGAACAAAAGCAAAGAUCCGGCGCAGGUAAACCAGCAACAUCAGGGCACUCCAUUUACCUGCGACCAUGAUAUGCACCAGGCUUCGUCGGCGUUUCAGCAGCCCGCGUGCAGUAACACCCCCUCGCCUUCCUCACAGGCAAUGCGCAUUCCUCCGGAGCUGGGCCUCAGUGCGGAGGAAUAUAAUUUGUUGCUCACGGCCAAGAGAUACCCCCCAGUCACCAAAAGCACCCUGAGCGAACUCGAUUUGCCUUGUAUCAUGAGCAAUAUCAACCUUCGCAUGGAUGCGAACUUCGACCGCGAUCUCCAUUUCAAACCGGAUCUAGACGGCGAGAAAGGUCGGCGAAAAAGGAAGGAAGCGGCCGACUACUGGGAAGCCAUGGCUACAGAGAUAACUAUCUACGCAUUCUGCGCCGCUCAGCAGCCGCUCACCCCAUGUGGCCAUAUGUGGGCAGACCAGCAGCAAAGCUUCGAGCCUCGACUACCGUCUUUGUUUGACACCUUGCAGGAUGUUCUGAAAACCCUGGUCCCGGAACGAGAUCAUCCUAGUGUGAUGCAAAAUCUCGAGGUACCUUUACUGAUGCAGCAAAUUCGGAAGGGCGUCCUUAAUAUGGUAGACGUGGCGAAUUGGCUCGCAGCAUUGCUCAAGACACAUUGCGCUCCAAUGCGUGAUGAAUGGGCAGACCGUAUGGUGGAACAGAUCAGCUCGGGGUCACGGUCACAGGACUCUUUGGAGAUUGUCCGUGGUCUCCAGACUCUGUUUGCCAUCCUGGAGGCUAUGAAAUUGGACGUUGCAAACCAUCAGAUCCGCGCAUUCCGGGUGCUACUUAUAGAAGACACUAUACCAUUUCUGCAAGAGUAUUUUCGCAGCAAAAUUGAACGGGAUAACUUCCGCGUGGAGUCGUCACGACUAUGGUACCAAGAACUACGUGAACGAGAUUUGACCAGGAUGGAAAAGCCAGACAACUUCCGCCCCCUUACGGUUUUGCUUGGUGGGCUAUCGGAUCUCCUGCUGCAGUUCCAUACUCCGGAAAGUUUCCCGGAAACGUUUAUCUUCGACUCUGAUCGCCUGUGGCAGUUGCGGACCUGUCUGCAGAGCCUAAUCACGCUUGACAUCUGUUGGGAAGUCUUUCAGCGCUGUGUUAAUCCACUCAAACGAUAUCAUCCAGCUCAGGUACAAGCAUACGCCACCUUCCGGUCUCGCAUCGAGUCCUUGAUAGAUGAGAGUGAGGACUGCAGACGACGAUCGCCUCAGUGGAUGCAGAAUAUACGGUGUAUUGCAUUGGAAAUUGCGCAUUUUGCAUGCAAGGCAUAUGGCUGCGAGAUUACUAUGGUACCCGAUAGCGUCAUGGCGCGUAUUGAAAACCAGCUAGAGACCCAUCUGUUGGGCGAGUCAGAACUCUUCCAACACUUCCAAAGUUUAUGGCGUGAAAAUUUGAUGGCGGCCACCAUGGGCUUUGCACAACAGUACCUAACCAUGUCACCUCUGGCUAUCUGCGAAUCUCAACGGAGCCAUCCUCACUCACCAGUCUCACAGCAACACUAUGGCAUUGAACGGAUUGCCAUGCGACUCGCACACAUGGGUGUCCUCCACUGGCGAGUCUGGGCGCCUAUCCUCUACGUGCGCGAAUCCCAGCUCCAAAAGAUCGCCCAAGCAACGGGCAUUCGCUCCGCCGGCCCCAAGGCAGCCCUAAUAAGCCGACUGGAGACGGAGCUCGUGCAAUGCGAGUACCACUCCGUCUCCCCCAAGAGUAAGACGCAACAACAACAACGAAAAAAGCAGCCCCAGAACCUCAGUAUCCUCAGCAUCGACAUGGGUAUCCGCAACCUGGCCUUUGCGCAUCUUCUGGUUCCUAGUAGUGCCAUAGGGAAAACAUGUACUACGCCAACCCUAAACGCCUGGCGCCGAUUGGCCGUCUCGGAUCUACUACUACUACCUGAGCUGGGGUCAACAGGCUGGACAGAGCAGCCAUCUGACAUGGAUGACCUCAACGAAUUAGCUUGUCAAAAGGAGAAAGAUGGGAAAGACAUGUUCCAUCCCUCGCCGUAUGCCAAACAGGCUUAUGUGCUGAUCACGACGCUGCUGGAGAAAUACCAGCCUACUCAUGUCCUCAUCGAGAGACAGCGGUUCCGCUCCGGUGGCGGCAGUGCUGUGCAGGAGUGGACGCUGCGGGUCGGCGUCUUUGAGGGCAUGUUGUAUGCUGUUUUGUAUGCGUUGCGCCGCGAGAGGGGGCGAUCUUCUUCUUCUUCUUCUUCUUCUUCUUCUUCUUCUUCUUCUGGUGGCUCGGCGCCCGUGGUCCUCGGCGUGGAGCCGCAACGCGUGGUCCGGUAUUGGGGGGAUGGGCUUGGCGUGGAGAAGGAGAAGGAGAAAAAGGGGAGGAGUAGUGCGCGCGAGGGGAAGAAGCGGGACGUGAAGGUGGCCGUUUCGGGGGAGGGCGAGCUCCGGCAGUGGGUGGAGGCGUACUUGGCCAAGUGGAAGGGCCAGAAGAGGAGACGCGGUCAGGUGGGUGUGCUUGAUAUUGGGAAGUUGGAUGAUUUGGCGGACUGUCUGUUGCAGGGCGUGACCUGGUUGGAUUGGCAUAUUAUGCGCGAUCGUAUCUUGCGCGAGGGUGUUGGGGCUUUGGAGAUUGAUUGA